CUUUACCCACAAUGCUCGACGUUGGCUCCGUCUUUCCGACUUCCGCUUCACCAUAGGGAGACGAUGGCCCCAAACAAGAAAGGUGAAAAGAAGAAAGGCCGUUCAGCCAUCAACGAGGUGGUGACCAGAGAGUACACCAUCAAUGUCCACAAGCGUAUCCAUGGAGUAGGUUUCAAGAGGAGGGCGCCACGUGCGAUCAAAGAGAUUCGCAAGUUCGCGGUGAAGGAGAUGGGAACCCCUGAUGUCCGCAUCGACACUCGCCUCAACAAGGCAUUGUGGAGCAAGGGUGUCAGGAACGUACCAUACAGGAUACGGGUGCGGCUGUCCAGGAAGCGAAAUGAGGACGAAGAUUCCCCUAACAAGCUGUACACCCUGGUUACAUAUGUUCCUGUCACCACAUGCAAAGGUCUGCAGACAGUCAAUGUGGAUGAAAAUUAAUGUCUAAAUGUGGAAUAAACAGGGCUUUUCUUCAUACAA